ACGCCUGUAAUCCCAGCACUUUGGGAGGCCAAGGCAGGUGGAUCAUGAGGUCAGGAGAUCGAGACCAGCCUGGCCAACAUGGCAAAAUACUAUCUCUACUAAAAAUACAAAAACUAGCUGGGCGUGGUGGUGCAUGCCUCUAAUCCUAGCUACUCAGGAGGCUGAGGCAGGAGAAUCGCUUGAACCCAGCAGGCGGAGGUUGCAGUGAGCCGAGAUCUUGCCACUGAACUCCAGCCUGGGCAACAGAGCGAGACUUCGUCUCAAAAAAAAAAAGUUGUAAGGAAACUUUAUGAUUUUCCAUUACAAUGUUCUUCUGUAUAUUUGACAGUGGAACGUGUUAGUACUCUGUAAAUAGUUCAAUACUGAGUAUUUUGGACUCCCGAGAGUGAUACCUAAGGGGAUUAAAAGUGGAUUGGUAAAAGAACUUAUGUAGCUACUCCACCUUCAAGGCGAUGCAGCAUAAAUCCCCACUCUUUAAGUGUGGGUGCACAAAGUGACUUCCUUCCGAAGAGUAUAGUAUGAAAGCAGGGGAAUAAGUUGACAGUGGAGAAACCUGAAAAACAGUACCUCAGCCAGCAGACCAAGGUUAACAUCAAGUGAUAAGGCAUGUUGAUAGUAUGUCCCCUUGCUAUGAUGUGAUGAGAAUGUCAUUUUAUCUCUGUAAUCUUCCUCCUAAGAAUCCAUAAUUCUAGUCUAAUAUGGAGAAAGACACCAAAUUCCAGUAGAGAGGCAUUCUACAAAAUACCUCACCAAUUAAAGCCAGGUCAAGACCUUCAAACACAAAAAAAGUCUGACACAGCCAAGGGGAAUCUAAGGAGAUAUGAUGACUAUAGGUAAUGUGGGAUCCCGCAUGAGAUCCUGGAGCAAAAAAACAAACGAGGUAGGGAGGACAUUGAGUAAAAAACUAAGGAAAUCUGAAUAAAGUUUGGACUUCAGUUAAUACUAAUAUAUCUAUAUCCGUUCAUUAAUUGUAAGAAAUGUACCAUACCAAUGUAAGAUGUCAAUAAUAGGGAAAAUUAGGAGGGAGUAUGUAAAAACUCUCUGUACUGUUUUUGCAAUUUUUCUGUAAAUCUAAAACUCUUCUAAAACAAAAAGUUUAUAUAAAAAGAGAGGAUGGGUACUUUUGACAGACAACUAUUACUCAUUUGGUUAAGUCUCCUCUCAUAGGAUUUAGUUUAUCACAUAGGAUUUACAAGGAUCAAUUACUUACAAUAACCGAGAAGUCAAUAAAACACACUGUGGAUAUAUAAUGUACUUUGACUAAAACUGGAAUGACGAACUUGUAGGGAAUCAAAGAUAAUGCCUAAAUCUGUCUUCAUUAUCAUCACCUUAAGAAGAGAACAGUUGAGACCAGACCAUGAAUCCAGACAUGGUAACUGACAAUGGGUGGAUCUGACUCACUGAGUCACAUUUCAUGGCUUAUGCUAUGUAGGUAAAAUUAACAGUGACUAAAAAUGAAAUUACUGACAAAGGUUGCUCCUGGACCAUAUGAGAGAGUCCAAGUACUGACUCGGCUCAAAGGAAAUAAAACCGAAAACUCUUGAUCUCACCCAAAAUAACCAUUCUGCACCCUGUCUGAACCUUGGGCUCUCUCUACUAACCAGCCUACUCAAAACCACUACUGAGAGUGGUGUCCCGCUGCUAAGAAAGAGACAACACACAGGGCCUUUCGGGCCACCAAACUAGUGGCCAAGAAGGAACCAUCAAAGACGCGGGCAUGAUCCCCUUUGGAGCUCCCCGAUCUUGACUAAUCAUCCAUCCCUACAGAAAAGGCCAAUGGGCCUUACAACUGGGCCCAUUUUUAAAACAAGGUCACGUCAUCAACCUAGAUACGUUUGCACUGCGGGAGGUCUCUCACAUCGCCUCAUACUUGAAGUGAAAAUGAAGAUUCAACGUUCCUCUAGAGUGGGAAGGCCCGGAGGCGCCUUCUUGGCUCAGUAGUGGCUCUUCUGGGUCUUGGUCUUGCUGGUAAAGAAUGCAAUUAGGUAAAAAUCGCGUGUCAGUUUGAAAGAGAUUCGACACAGUUUCAGCGUUCAUGAGAAGAGAGGCGUAGGAAAUCCCCACGCGGGCCUCUCUGCUUCACGUGAGGAGGAAAUUGUCACAAGUCUCUGCCUUCCUCAGGUCCCCUUCCUAGGGUAUUCCUCAUCGCAUCCCCUAGCCGCCCUACGCCACCACGGUCCUUGGGACCUGCGGUGUUCUCUCCUUGAUCCCUUCAGCCCCUAGACUGGGGAAUCCCCAGAACGCGACACCGUGGCUUCUUUUCCUUUAUUCUCUUCCUCCCUUCCUCUCCGCUGAGACAGCAAGGGGCCAGGAGCGCGGGAAAAUGGCGCCGGAGGCGAGGCGCGAAGAGUUGGCAUGCCUGCGGCAGCGUGGGCGCGAGAGGAUCUGGCGUUCGCCUGCUGCGCCAUCGCCCCGCCCCCGCGCGCGAGAAUCGAAGCACGCACGCGUUCUCCUGCGCGUCCGCUCCCGCGGUGGCGACCGACGGUCCGAUGCCCGCGUUCUACCUUAUUCAAUACGAAGGGCUUCAUUUAUGGCAAGACAGGACAGCCAGACAAAAUAUAUGUAAAGUUACAUCAAAAUAGUCCAGUCCUUAUGUGUAUGGAUUUUAAACUUUCUAAAAAAGAAAUAGUGGACCCCACCUACUUAUGGAUUGGGCCUAAUGAAAAGACGUUGACAGGAAAUAAUAGAAUAAAUAUAACUAAAACUGGACAGCUGAUGGUGAAAGAUUUUUUGGAGCCUUUGUCUGGACUUUACACAUGUACUCUUUCUUAUAAGACUGUUAAAGCAGAAACCCAAGAAGAAAAAACAGUCAAAAAGAGAUAUGACUUUAUGGUCUUUGCCUAUCGAGAACCUGAUUAUUCAUAUCAGAUGGCUGUACGUUUUACCACAAAGUCUUGUAUAGGGAGAUACAAUGAUGUAUUCUUUAGAGUGCUGAAGAAAAUCUUGGAUAAUCUAAUGUCUGAUUUGUCAUGCCAUGUCAUAGAGCCAUCAUAUAAAUGCCAUUCUGUUGAAAUUCCAGAACAUGGCCUCAUAUAUGAGCUAUUUAUAGCAUUUCAAGUUAAUCCUUUUGCCCCAGGGUGGAAAGGUGCUUGCAAUGGAUCUGUUGACUGUGAAGAUACCACUAAUCAUAAUAUCCUCCAGGCAAGAGAUCGAAUAGAAGAAUUUUUUCGGAGCCAAGCAUAUAUUUUCUACCAUAACUUUAAUAAAACUCUACCAGCAAUGCAUUUUGUGGACCACAGUUUGCAAGUAGUACGUCUGGAUAGCUGUCGACCAGGCUUUGGAAAAAAUGAAGGUCUACACAGUAAUUGCGCUAGCUGUUGUGUGGUUUGUAGUCCUGCGACUUUUAGUCCUGAUGUUAAUGUAACUUGUCAGACCUGCGUUUCCGUCCUUACCUAUGGAGCUAAAUCUUGCCCACAAACUUCAAACAAAAAUCAGCAAUAUGAAGAUUAGAGGUGAAAGCGUUGUUACUUACUUGUGGAAGUCGGGGACAUAAGAUGAUUUUCACAUCCCAGAGCAUCAUAGAUAUAGUUCCAUUAAGUAAAAUCAGUAAGACCAAACCACUGGAAAACAUGCAUUUUAGAAACUUUAAAAUAAAUGGUUAACAUGGCAUUUCUAAGAAGGCAUUUAAUCCAGUAUCUCUAGUGUACAAAGGAAACUUGAAGUUUUAAUGGAUUAUUUUUAAUGAAAUGUUUUAUUGUUUACAAACGGUAUGUUGCUGUGUACCUAAGAGUAUAGUAAGGUCAAGAAGAGUAUCAAAGUAUAAUAAAAUAAAAAUUUUAUACUCUCCAUAUAUUUAUUUGUUUGGAAUCACUCUUGUAUGAUAUAAAGGCGUGUAUAUUAUCUUUGUAUUAGAACCAAAAAAGUUAUUUAUUUUGGUCCCUAUGAUUUUAUUUUUUAAGACAAAUUAAUAUACUGUAUUUUUUAAAGUAUAGGUUUAGGUUUACAGAAUAAUAGAGCAGAUAAUAUAUAGAGUUCCAUACACCCACCGCACCGCAUACCCUCAUUCCUCCUUACACAAUUUCUCCUAUUAUUAAGAUGUUGCAUUAGUGUGGCACAUUUGUUACAAAUGAUGAACCAAUAUUAAUUUAUUAUUAAUUAUAGCCCAUAGUUCACAUUAAGAUUCAUUGUGUUGUAAGGUUAUGUGGGUUUUGACAAAUUCAUGAUGGCAUGUGUGCACCAUUGCAGUCUCAUACAGAAUAGUUUCACCACCCUCAAAAUCGUCUGUGCUUCACUUAUUUAUCCCUCCUCCCGUGCCCUGGCAACCACUGAUCUUUUUACUGUCUCUACAGUUUUGCCUUUUCCAAAAUGUCAUGUAGUUGGUUGGAAUUAGGCAGUACGUAGACUUUUUAGACUGGCUUCUUUCACUUAGCAAUAUGCGUUUAAGUUUCCUCCAUGUCUUUUUGUGACUUGAUAGCUCAUUUUUUAUUGCUGAAUAAUGUUCAUUGUAUGGAUAUAGCAUAGUGUGUUUAUCCAUUCGCCCAUUAAGGAAAUCUUGAUUGCUUCCAGUUUUUGGUGAUUAAAAAUAAAGCCGCUAUAAACA